AUGGCCAGCCAGUCCUCUGGCAACGUCGAGAUUUUAGUGCACGUCGCCGCCCCCAGCAGAGUAUCUGACGAUGCUGCCUACCGACGCCUCGCCCAGGCGUACCUCUCCUUUGCGCCGGGCUCCCGCGCCCACAUCACCAUUCCCAGCUCGCCAGAGCCGCCGCAGCAGCCGCCGCAGCAGACGCCGCAGCAGCCGCCGCCCUCACGACAGAGCCAUCACUACGACGACGACUUUGCCGUGCUGCAGUCGUUUUGCUCCGACUCGCAGGACAUGAGCUUUAGAGGUGCUCUGGACAACAGAAACUCGCCGUGUGUGGUCGCGAGGAAGACGAGACUGGCCACGCCGCCGCCGCAGGUGCUGCCCGAUGAGAAUGUCACGACGCCCACGACGGCGGUGCGCCAGCUGCCCAGCCAGAUUGCCGACUCGUAUCCCAUGCCCGACUGCGACAUGUUCAAUGUGACUCCCACUCGUGUUCUGCAGCGGUACAUGGGCAAUCGACAGCCGGCCUUUACUCCUACGGCACCAGCACCCAGCUCGUCGCCUGCACUGUCGAGUAGAUGUGACUAUGGCGAAGCAAAAGACAUAAAGAUAGAGGCGCAUGCCAUUGAUGUCCCUAUUCCUUCUUCGCUUUCAGCACAAGAACCAGGUCGCACCCAAGAGAAUAGAGAGCGGCGUCAGGCCACCAUUCCCGUCACGCCUCUCGUAUCAGAGUCCUCUCGAAAACGCAAGGCUCUUGACAGCGAACAUGUACAGGAUACGUCUGGACUAGACGUCACGCAUAUAUCCAGCAGCGUACCCAGCAGCGAUGCCUCCUCCAUCGCCGCUUUUCAGCGCGCCGAGACGGAUCCUUUACCAUCCAAACGCCUGCGUCAACUCGCGCAAGACUCUGGUGCUGUCCACCUCGUCCGCAGCGGCAGCGACAACGCCCACCAGCCGCAUCCUCCCCAAGACACACCAACCUUCUCCUCACCACUGUCCUACAAUGCCCUCUCUCAGAUCCCUUCUACACACCCGUCCUCCUCCUCUUCCUCGUCAUCUCUCGCCGUGCGACCUCCGUCACCGCCCGUCGGCAUCGACCACCUCGACCACGCGAGUCUCGUGUCCGCCAAGCUCGCCAAGCUCGCCCACGACCUCUCCUCGCGGUACCGUCCCACCAUGCACCGCAGCACAACCCUCGACCCGCUCGAGCGCGGCCACUGGCGCGUCGACUGCAGCACCUGGCCGCCCGCCCAGCGCGCCGACGCGUGGGCCUUUCUCGUCAGCUACAUCCGCAGCGGCCUCGCCGGUUGGGGCGUCUGGUGCCGCCGCAGCGCCGACAGCCACGAGAUCAAGCUCUACGGCUGGGCGCACGUCGCCAAGCACACGUACCUGCUGCUGUACCUGGCUAGCGGCCGGCACAUCAAAGCGACGGGCGCCAAGUGGUUUGAUGCCGAGGGUGUAGUGGCAGUCGAGGUUGUGCCCUAG